UCUCUCCCUUAUAUUCAUCGUCCAAGAAACGAAACGAAACCCCCCCUGGAGAGAAAAAGAGGCGAAAAUGGUGCAGCGUCUUGUUUACCGGUCGCGCCACAGCUACGCCACCAAAUCCAACCAGCACCGUAUCGUCAAGACUCCAGGAGGUAAAUUGGUGUACCAAACCACUAAGAAGAGAGCUAGUGGCCCCAAAUGCCUUGUUACUGGCAAGCGUAUUCAAGGAAUUCCUCACUUGAGGCCUUCUGAAUACAAGAGGUCUAGAUUAUCAAGAAACAGGAGGACUGUGAACCGUGCAUAUGGUGGAGUCUUGUCUGGUUCUGCAGUCAGGGAAAGGAUUAUUCGGGCAUUCCUUGUUGAAGAGCAAAAGAUUGUCAAGAAAGUGUUGAAACUCCAAAAGGCUAAGGAGAAAGUAGCCCCCAAGGCUUAAAGCUUUUGAUGUUCUUUUUUGUCUGUUUUGGGAUUAUGGCUAUGUUCAAGUGAUAGGACUUGGUGCAGUCAUGUGAGAACAUCUAUGUUACUCAUCCAAUUUUUAAGCUUUGCAUUGUGUUUUCGGUUCUCAACUCUGUCGACAAUUCUCUUCCCUUCAGUUUUGGUUCUUUUAAUUGUUGUUGAAUCCACCUUUAAUGUUCGACUGUUAAGAGCAGAUCUUGGUUAAUAUAUAAUCUUAAUCUUUUGGACACAAAA